CUCCGCCCUUAGAUGAUUACGUCAUCAGUGCGCUGAUCAGAAACGAGCAGACUCUCAUCACGGAGAGAAGUGAGAUGGCCUUUCGAUAAGAUAUGUGCAUAAAUCAGAGUUAAAAGAUUGAGAAAAAGAUAAAUUGAGACGUUGGGCUGAUCCAUCCAACGAAAAUACAGCUUAAAGCAGUAUUUCUAGAUACAUCGGGACUUUUUCUGAUCGCUUUUGAUUUGUUCUUGGUUGGGUUUUUUUUUUUCUCUCCUUUUGUUUUUUUUUUGUUCCCCGAUCUGCUACAUCUUAUUGAAAUUUGACGAGGAUUUCCUUGGAUUCUGGAGUUUCAACUGUUUCUGCCAGUAAUGAGAAGUGUUUUAUAUUGGUAGAAACUGGCGAGCCAACCGGUUUAUUCGAACUUUGCACAUUUUGUGUUCAUCUAAAUGGUAGGAUUGCACACAUUAUUUCUCCUGGACAUUGCCAUACCGUGAACAGAAAACGGUCUUCCAUUUUCAUUUUGUUGUGGAGUUGCAUAUUUGCAUUAAGUUGACUGAACAUUGAGAAAAGAGCACAAAGGACACUGAACUGAUUAAAAUCCUUUUUAUUGAUUGUACAUUUUUGAAAGAGAACUUUGAUUGAAUUGUCAUUAGACACAUAACUUACCUGAGAUUCACUGUUCCAAUUGUUUUUUGUUUUUUUUUUCUAUAUUGAGUUUUCUCUUUUCCUGAAAGGGAAAUAGAAGGUGGUUAAAAGAAACUGUGAGCUUAAAACUGGUUGUAUUUCUGCCUGUGGAAGCAAUAAGAGUGUUAAAGGGACACUACUACUUUUUUUUGGGUAAAAGAAAUUUGAAGCUGGUAUUAUAUAUAAUAUAUAUUUGAAUAACUGAAUAGCUUUAAAUUAUUUUGAGAAGUUUUUCCAAGACCAGAAGACUUUUUGUACAUUUUGAAGGUUUCAUUUGAAGCUGCUAUUUUGAGUUUAUUUUUGUUGUUAUUGUUUAUUUAAUUUUCCUGCAAAGAAACAUUUUAAUACAAAAGAGAUACUUACCUUUUACUACAAACGGUUUCAGUCGUUAUUUCCCUUGUCUCACUGCAACACUGGCUCUCGAGCGAAUUUAAGUCUUCUGAUCUGGUCCAUAGAAUUAGAAAGAACUGAUACUAGACUGUAGGGCGUGUGUGCUACAGAAAAGUUGGCGAGCCAGCCAGGAGCCAGUUCUUGCAGCGAGGGUAACUGUUAAGAAACAGAAAAGGGAAAUUUGUAAGACACAAGAAGCAAAUUAUCGAACUUGCAACCGUCGCAAUGGAAAUUGUGAAACAAGAGGACGUUAACGUGUCAAAUGCGCUCAUAGUUGAGGGCCUUACGUUAACUGAAACAGACAAUGAGCUAGAAAUGUACCUGCAGAGACAUGGUUCAAUCAACCGAACUAUAAUAAUUGAUAGCCCAGCCUCAGAGUUCCAUAGAAAUGCCAUCAUUGAGUAUAACCAUAACUCAGCAAUCCAAAGUUUGUCCCCUUCCCUACCCUUAACAUUAGGGAGCCUUUCUGACCCAGAUGUUACCUUCAGAGUGCGCGCCUUAGCUAAUGUCUACACUGAACCUGCUAACGACACUGCCACUGAAAGAUAUCUGGAAAACCUGAAAACCGUUGCCAAAGAGAGUAAAAGGCCCUUUCAAACGGUACUUCAAGAGGAGUUGUUGAAGCUCAGAGAAACCCACUCUGUUAACCAAGAUCCAGCAGAACCUCAGAGUGUAGGAGCUAUCGCUCCACCACCGAUAAGUAGCUUUCAGACCCUCAGUCUUACUCACCCAAAAGUGACAGAGACUCAAACCUCAGAACUUAAAAACCCAACCAAGAAUAACGUGACAUAUGUGUCUCCCCCCUCUCCAGAAACCACCACAGAUGGUGUUACUGUGACAACCAGUUCUGCUUUCCUCACAAACGUAGUGGACCCACCCAGUGUCCAGAGAAUGGUGGUUGAACACAUAGUGAAAACAGGCGACGCCACCCUGUCACAGCAAACCUCGGUCCAUCUGAGGGUUUUCUCAGGGAGAUCUCCUCGUCCUCCCAACGAGCCAGACUUUGACACUUGGCGUGCCAGUGUCGACUUCUUGUUAACCGAUCCUUCUAUCUCUGACUUGCACAGAACACGAAAAAUCCUUGACAGUCUCUUACCUCCAGCAGCCGACAUCGUAAAGCAUGUGCGCCCUCAAGCCUUACCUGCUGUGUAUCUUGAGCUGUUAGAGUCCGUGUAUGGUUCCGUUGAGGAUGGAAAUGAGCUGCUGGCCAGACUAAUGAACACCCUACAAAAUCCGAGUGAGAAACCAUCAGACUAUCUGCAUCGUUUACAAGUCCUUCUGAGUGCAGUGAUCAGACGAGGUGGUAUAGCAGAAAGUGAACGUGAACGUUACCUUCUGAAGCAGUUCUGCAGAGGGUGUUGGAAUGAUCGCCUCAUUGCUGAUCUUCAACUUGAAAGAAGAGAAACUCAACCUCCCACCUUUGCCGAAUUAGCAGUACUCAUUCGAACCCAAGAAGACAAACAUGCCUCUAAGGAGGAACGGAUGAGGAAGCAUCUUGCGACGACAAAACCACAAAAUGCCUAUCCUAAGUCGCGGGCGGUCUCCAACAAUGUGUCUGCCUGUCCAUGUGAUGUGCCCAAUUCUGAUAGCUCUGAAACCAGUCUUCUGAAGAAACAAAUAGCUGAAAUCCAAGCACAAGUUACCGCUUUGAAGCAGUCUCCUGAUCAAAAGAGAACAAAGAGUCAUUCUGAGAAUGCAGAGCUGACCGCUUUAAAGAAAACUGUGGAAGAGUUAUGCACACAAGUAGCCUUGAUGAAAGCAUCGGUUGCACAGGGAUUAAGACAAAACAAUGAUGAGUCAGAAAUAGCUAGGCUACAACGUCAAGUAGCGGAGCUGCAAAUUCAAAGUACUGCUUACAAAGUACCUCGAACUUCAAACACGCAAAGACCACUUGAAACAGAUAUGAACAAAAGUCCAAGGAUGGGACCACUGAAAGUUAAUAGACCACGACCCUGGUACUGUUUCCGAUGCGGAGAAGAUGGACACUUGGCCAUUAAUUGCGAGAAUGCUGCAAAUCCUUCCAAAGUUGAGGAGAAGCAACUCCAGUUAAGAGAACAACAAAGUCAAUGGGACUCUCUACAUGGAAGGCCUGCCCAGCCUUUAAACUGAAAGGGGUCUCUGUAGAGGGGCAUAUGGAGACCAGACGUUCAGACUGUCGCCCUGAAUGUUACAAACAUGAUGUGAAUAACCAUGAUAUACCACCAUUGAAACGCUUGCCCGAGGGGUUAGUGGGAAUUAAAUGCACAGCAAAGGUCACCAUCGAAGAGAGAGAGGUAGAUUGUCUGUUGGAUACAGGAUCACAGGUGACUACGAUCCCCCAGUCAUUUUAUGAGACAAAUCUCCCAGACAUCCCUUUGAAACCACUGGAAAACUUGCUGGAAGUAGAAGGAGCCAACGGACAGGCUGUGCCUUAUUUAGGUUACAUUGAGUUGACUCUAAAAUUUCCUAGGACAUUUGUAGGAACUGAAGUUGAAGUCCCCACCCUGGCCUUAGUGGUGCCAGAUCUAACAAGCUUUUCCCAAGUUCUUGUAGGGACCAACUCCUUAGAUGUGCUUUAUAGCAAAGUUGCUAAAGAAAGUAGGCAUAACCCCCAGUCAAGCUUUCAUGGCUACCAAGCAGUACUUAAAGUUCUGGAAGCCAGAUGGAAACAAGCUAGUAGUGAAACCCUAGGUUACUUGAAGUCAAGUAGAAACUCUCCUGAAGUCGUGCCUGCAGGAAGCACAGUAGUCUUGGACGGUUUCGUCCACUUAAACGGCCCGCACACGGAGAAGUGGGUAACCCUUGAGCCUCCGUCUGUCCCGUUACCAAGCGGCCUGCUAGUCGCAAACUGUUUGCACACCUUACCCUGCAAACGUCUGUCCAAAUUGUCAGUUCUACUGA